AUGGAGGAGGGUGAACUUGGGGGUUUCAUCCAUUCAGACAUCUUGAGGGGCUUCACAAGCAUCGAGCGCACCAUUCUUGACUCUUUUCCUCUAUGGAUUGUUCUCCCAUACAAUGGAUCUCUUCUCCUUCUUUCUCAGGUGGAGUGGGUGCAACAGCAGGUGGUGAAGAGGAGAACAAAGCGAGAUUAUAAACCCUCAUAUCCUGGUCCUGUACAGUCCAGUAUGGCCCAGUCCAACUCCAUUUACUUCAAUGAUGCUAAAUGGAGCAGUAUGUGGUACAUACACUGUAAUGAUAACAUCCAUAACUGUCAGUCUGACAUGAAUAUCGUGGGCGCGUGGAAGAGAGGCUAUACGGGGAAGGAUGUGGUGGUUACCAUUCUGGAUGACGGUAUUGAGAGGAACCACCCAGAUCUCAUUCAGAACUAUGAUAAUGAGGCCAGUUAUGAUGUGAACGGUAAUGACAUGGAUCCCAUGCCCCGAUACGAUGCCAGUAAUGAGAACAAGCAUGGCACGAGGUGCGCUGGUGAAGUAGCAGCGUCCGCCAACAACUCGCACUGCACGGUGGGCAUCGCUUACAACGCCAAGAUUGGGGGUGUCCGCAUGUUGGACGGAGAUGUGACAGACAUGGUAGAGGCCAAAUCACUGAGUCUACACCCUCAACACAUAGAUAUUUACAGUGCCAGCUGGGGUCCAGAUGAUGAUGGCAAAACCGUGGAUGGGCCCGCUUCCCUCGCCAGACAGGCCUUUGAAAACGGCAUCAGACAGGGCAGGAAAGGACGGGGCUCAAUCUUUGUUUGGGCGUCAGGAAAUGGCGGUCGGAGUCGCGAUCACUGUUCAUGUGACGGCUACACCAACAGCAUCUACACGAUAUCCAUCAGCAGCACGGCAGAGAGCGGCCGCAAGCCCUGGUAUCUGGAAGAGUGCGCCUCCACCCUCACCACCACCUACAGCAGCGGAGAGAACUACGACCGCAAAAUCAUCACAACUGAUCUGAGGCAGCGCUGCACAGACAGUCACACUGGAACAUCAGCGUCAGCGCCGAUGGCGGCAGGGAUCAUUGCUCUUGCUCUGGAAGCCAAUCCUUUCCUGACGUGGCGAGACGUGCAACACAUAAUAGUGAAGACAUCUCGUGCUGGCCAUCUCAGCGCUCCUGACUGGAAAACCAAUGCUGCUGGUUAUAAUGUCAGUCACCUGUAUGGCUUUGGGCUGAUGGACGCGGAGGCCAUGGUGAAAGAGGCGGAGCGCUGGAAACAGGUUCCCCCACAACACAUCUGUGUGGAGAAUGCUGAUAAACAAAUCAGAACAAUCCGUCCAGAGCAUGUCGUUCGUUCGGUAUACAAGGCAACAGGCUGCACGGAUAAUGCAAACCAUCACGUUAUUUAUCUGGAGCAUGUGGUCGUGCGUAUAACAAUUACGCACCCGCGACGAGGAGACCUGUCAAUCAACCUAACGUCACCAUCAGGGACAAAGUCACAGCUGCUCGCCAAUAGGCUGUUUGAUCACUCAAUGGAGGGCUUUAAGAACUGGGAAUUCAUGACAACUCACUGCUGGGGAGAGAAAGCUGCUGGAGACUGGAUACUAGAGAUCUAUGACUCUCCUUCCCAACUCAGGAGCCAGAAAGCACCAGGCAAGCUGAAAGAGUGGUCUCUGGUACUUUAUGGCACCUCUGUGCAUCCAUACUCGUUCCGCAGUGACAAGCCCCGCUCACUGGCGGAGCCUCAGCCUGAUGACGAGUACAGUGAGGAGUAUGUGGGCUCGUGCCACCCUGAGUGUGGUGAGAACGGCUGUGAGGGUCCAGGGCCCCAGCAGUGCAUCACUUGCCUCCACUAUUUCCUCAAGUUCAAGAACAACACCAGUCUACAGGGGAAUAAGUGUCAGCUGAGCUGUGAACCUGGAACCUAUUAUAAUGGGCACCGACGAGCAUGUGAAAAGUGCCACUCGACUUGUGCCACCUGUGCAGGAACUGGUAUGGAAGCGUGUAAUGAGUGCGCUCCGGGCUAUUACUUUGAGGAGUGGCGCUGCGUCUCCAGCUGCAGUGUGGGAUAUUACUUGGCAGAACAAACGACAGACAACGGAGAUGUCCAGAAGUCCUGUCAAAAGUGUGAUCCUACCUGCUACGUCUGCGCAGGACCGGGGGAGAGGAACUGCAGCACCUGCAUGAGCGGCUAUAACCUGGAAAACGGCGUGUGUGUCGUCAGCACCAUCUGCAAAGAUGGUGAGUACUGUAGAUUCAUCCAUGCUAGCUUUUGGUUAGCUCCUUAAUUUUGUGUUUUCUUUCCUCCAGUUUUUGAUCAGAAACUUUUAAAACAAAAUAUUUAGUUUUUGCAUGGGGUUGAAUUAUGGUCUGUUUAUUUUGUUUUUCUGAUGUUGGAAAGAUGUGUCCAGAUUACAUUUCAUCCCAAAAUAACAAGAAAAUUCUAUUUUGCAAAUACCUUUUUUCCCCUUAAGCAAGCACAUUUAACCCCAAAUCCUUAUUCUGUGUUGCAUGUGAACGUUUUACUUGAUUGGUUUAUUUAACGUUGCAUAAGUGGAAAAAUAGGUUUUCGUGAAACCUAAACUUAAGUGAUCCCUGAAGAAUCGUUGACUGGGUUGAAGUACAGGUUUUAGUCGUGGUAGCUAAAUGAGGUUUGAAACACGUUUAAUUCAUUUGAUCUCAUCAGGCCAUUGUAUAUUUUUAAAACAAAUCCCUAAGCGUGCAUUUUUAUAUCUCGCCAUUUCAAAAAACAACUCCAUAAUAUUGAUCCUAAAUGAUUCAUGUGAAAUAAGGAACUUUAUUUACAGCGCAGUGUUCGUUUCAGCCGCUUCCCUCCAGAACUAUUUAUAUUUUAUUGAUUCGUCUUGGAAAUGAAAAGUUAAACUGCUCGACUUUGAAAUGGUCAGUUCAAUAUUCCAGGUCUUUAUGAAAGUAACAAGUCUGUGAUUCACAUACGUAACUGGUGCUAUUGACAUAAUGGAGUUAUUAGAGAAUGUUUUUGAAUUCACAUUUCCAACAAAUAUUUGAGAGUUCGAAUCGUCUAGAUUUUCAGUUGAUCAUAUUGGCCGUAUUUACUUUGUCCCUAUUGCAGUGUCUUGGGAAACAGAAAAAAUACUUAAUACUCCAUAUUACGUUUUAAUAAAGGACAGAAACGAGGUGAAAUGUUUAGUUAUACUAAUAGUACUACACAACACAAAUUAGACUUCUACAUUCAUUAAGGACAUGUUUGACCAAUCCGCUUUUGCGCAAUGAUAAGGGGAUUUCUAUGUCUUUUAUUUAUGAAUGAUGUGGUUUAAGAUGACGUAGCCUUUUAUUUAUGAAAAAGAUUUAUAAAUGGUCAUAGUUCAAAUGAGUUGUGUUUUGUGGAUGGGAUUGUCCAACCACUUCAUGCUAAUUGUGUAUUCAUGACACAAAAAAAAGUUGUAUGAUUGUACGUUUUCUGCAAACUCAAUACAUGCAACGUUACAUAACUAAUGUUAUAUAGGAUUACGAGAUUCAGUCUAUGUUCAAAUGUGUUACAUUUACUCUGUUCUGGCAACGUUUUUUUUCUUAAUGUAUAUAUGUAUUUUUAUCACUAUUAACCUUAAAUAUAUUUUGCACCCACGUUCAAUUGAAAAAAGGGGAAAAUGGAUGAUCAAGUUUUCUAAAAUUAUUUUAUAUUUCUGUUUUUAGCCAACUGCCAUGAACAGUUAGUCUAGAUGAAGAUGUGUUGUAGUCAGGGCCAAGAAAAAUGUUUGAUCAUGUAGAGAAGACUGGAUGAAACAACUGGGUUACUGAUCUUUUUAUUAAUGAACUUUAAAAUAAAAACAAG